CUUACGCUUGGCGAUGGGGCGCGCGUAGCUGUCUCAACGGUUUCCGUAUUAUCUACAAGUAGAUGCCAUCCAAAUGAAGCAUCUGUAAUCCCUUGUGAUGGGUGAGGUUAGCCAAAGGCUGCAUGAGUAUCAGGAGGCGAUCCGGAAGAGAGAUGAGUACAUCUCCAAGCUCUCAGCCAGCCUGCAGUCGACCAUACAGCAGAGGGAUGAGCUGCGCACGGCGGCCCAACACGAGGCGCACAAGUUAGCACAUGAGAUCACAGUUCUCAAGGAACAGUUACAGCAGACAUCCGCCUUUCUGAGAAACAAGGAAUUUUCAGGCAUAAAUGCUGCAGAGUUCAUCAAGAUAAAAAAUCAGUUAAUUGCAUUGGAUGCUGACAAUAGCAGUCAGUCCAGUGAGAUUUCAAGUCUUAGGAAUGAGCUAGAAGCCAAGACUCAAGCCUUGGCGAAUGCGGAGGCCUCAUCAGCACAACUAAGGUCUUCACAGAAACAUGAAAAUGAGGAGCUGGAACGCGCUCGCCGUCAGCUGGAGCAGGAGCGCUUGCAGUCCGAGGAGCGGCUGGAGUCGCUCCGUCAGCAGGUGGAGCGCUCACAACUGGAGAAGGCCGCCCUCGAGGAGAGUUUCUCAAAGGAGAAGGCGCACCUGAGCAGCCGCGUGGAGGAGUUCUCCAGCCGUCUGUCGGAGCGCAGCACGCUGGACGAGAGCCUGAGCGUGACCCAGGGUCGGGUCGGUGAGCUGACCGCCCAGCUGGAGGCGGCCGCCGGCCAGCUGGAGGCCGUCACCGGCGCCGCCGCCCGCACUGAGGCCGAGCUCCGGCGCCAGAUCGCUGACCUGGAGGAGUUGCUGGCCGGCCGGACAGCGGCGGCGGAGGCGGUGGAGCAGGCCGUCACGGAGCGGCUGGAGGAGCGGUUCGGCCGACAGCUCAGCGAGAUCACCAGCGAGCUCCGGUCGUCGCAUGUCCAGCAACUGGAGAGCGUGCGGCAGCAGCAGCAGGCGGAGCUGUCGCGUGUGCGGGCCGGACACGAGGAGCAGUUGCGGGACCUUAGCUCCGGCCACCUGGCUGCCAUGGAGGAGCUGCGGGCGCUGCGGCAGCACCUGGAGCUGGUCAGCGGCCUGAAGGCACAGCUGGCCGAGGCGGCCGACCGCGGCGCCCGGCACGACCAGCUGCUCAAUGAGAACGCGCAGCAGCUCAGAGAGACGCAGCAGCAGCUGGCGGAGGUCCGACAGCAGCUGGCUGACACUCGUCUUCAGCUGCGGUCAGCCGGCGAAGAGCGCGACUCCCUGACUCAGCAGCUGCGGUCAGCUGGUGAGGAGCGCGACUCUCUGAGUCAGCAGCUGCAGUCAGCUGGUGAGGAGGGGAACGUAUUUACCGAGCAGCUACAGUCAGCUGCUAAGGAGCGCGACACACUGACGCAGCAGCUACAGUCAGCUGCUGAGGAGCGCGACACGCUGACGCAGCAGCUACAGUCAGCUGCCGAGGAGCGCGACACGCUGACGCAGCAGCUACUGUCAGCUGCUGAGGAGCGCGACACGCUGACGCAGCAGCUACAGUCAGCUGCUGAGGAGCGAUGUGCUCUGAGUCAGCAGCUGCGUGUUGUCAGCCAGGUCCGCACGGAGGCCGGCUCUCAGCUGACCGAAGCCAACCAGCAGCGUGGUCAGCUGUGCCACGCCCUUGCGGCCACCAAUCAGCAGCGGGAUGAGCUGGUCCGCCAACUGGCCGCGGCGGGCGAACAGCAGACUGAAAUGGCCAAGCAAGUCGAGAAUUUAAAGCAGCAACAUCUUGACAUCACUGAGCAGUGGAAGGCGAGUGACCAGCAGCGGGAAGAUGUCGUCAAACAGCUGGAAUCAGUGAGCCGGCACAGGGAUCAGAUCAACCAGCGGCUCGUGGAGUCAGUAGAAAAGCAGGUCCAGGUCGGCCAGCAGCUGAUGCAGGUGACUCACAAUCGUGAUUUUCUGGACCAGCAGCUGAAGGAAAUGGCCCAGCAGCGGGAUAGUCUCAAGGAAGAUAUCAAGACCGUGACUCAGCAGAAAGAAACUGCCAGUCAACGGCAGCAGCAGGAGGCGAGCCAGCAGCGCGAGGAGAUGGAGCAGAAGAUCACGGAGAUGAUACAGGAGCGGGUCAGUCUUGAUCAGGAGCUGAAGAAGACACGUCAGGAGCGAGACAACCUAAGCCAGCAGCUUCUGGAGGCGGUCCAGGAGCGGGAUAGCUUCAACCGAAGGCUGGUGGAGACAGCCGAACAGCGGGACUCACUCUCCCAGCAGCUGGUGGCCGCCAGUCAGCAGGCCAGUGAGACCAGCGGGGUCGUGCAGCAGUGGAACGCCGAACUGGUCCGUCAUAAGACAGCCGCCGCGGAGCUGCAGCACAGGGGGGCCCAGCUGCAGCAGGCGCUGGAGACGGCCAGCGGCGAGCGAGACAGGCUGCAGCAGGCGCUGGAGACAGCCAGCGGCGAGACGCACGAACGGUACGUGGGCGAGACGGGCGCCCAGCUGGCGUCGGCUGACGCCGAGGUGGAGAAGCUGAGGGCAUGCCUGCUAGUGCGGAGCGUCACCUCGCCGAGGAAGGAGGCGCUGGGCGCGGGCCCGCUGAAGGGGGAGGUGCAGGGACUGAGCUCUCCAAGCAAGGACAUACAGGUGCUGAGCUCAUCCAGAAUGGAGAUGCAGGGUCGUACCUCACCAGAGAAGGACUGGCAGGUUCAGAGCUCUCCAGUGUGCGGCUUGACACCGCCAGAGCGAGAGGUGCCUUCAAUGACCUCCCCGGUGCAGGAGGCACCUGUGCUCACGUCGGAGCGGGCUGAGCUGACAUCCGUGGCCGGUUCUGGCCCGGCGACGCAGCGGAGUACGGCCGACUCUGGACUGACCACGCUCUCGGGAGCGACGGCGCUGAGUGAGCCGCGGCUCUCGCAGCUGGAGAGUCUGGUGCUGGCCGCCAACGGCGGCGCCGGCCGGGGCUCCGGCAGUCGGAGCUCGGACCGGCGGGACUCCGGCAAUCGGAGCUCGGGCCGGCGGGAUUCGGAGACUCAAGAGUCAAGCCGCGGGGGCCGCGGAGACGCGCCGGCCUCGCCAGACCUCAGGCGAGUCACAGACCCGGCCUCGCCGGACCUCAGGCGAGUCACAGACCCGACCUCGCCAGACCUCAGGCGAGUCACAGACCCGGCCUCGCCAGACCUCAGGCGAGCCACAGACCGGGCCUCGCCAUCACUCGGGUCGCCCGCUGUUCCUGGCGCGCCGACCUCGCCACCCUCCGACCACAGCGGCGUCGGCUCGGGAGCCGUGGACCGAGCGCUGGAGGCGGACGACGCGAUCCGUGCGGCGCUGCUGGCCUCGGAGCGGCAGCAGGAGCAGCUGCUGGCGCUGGAGGAGCGCGUCUCCGGGCAGCUGGCCGAGCUGCACGGCGGCUUGCAGACUGCCGUCAACCAGAACGCCGCCGCCUCGGCCGCCAUCGUGCUCAUCGACUCGUCAUACGAGGUGCGCCUGCUGCAGGGCCAGCUGGCUGCCAGCGCCGACAUCCGCGACGCACUGCAUGACCAGCUGCGGCUGCACCAACGGCUGGUGCGCGGCUUCCAACAGCUGUUCGCGCGCGUGGCGGACGACUGGCGGCGGCUGGGCGUGCCUCCCGGCACCGGCGCCGGUCCCCGGCUGCCGGCCGGCCUGGACCGGGAACCGGCGGCCUGGGGGGAGUCAGGGCCGGCGCCGGAGGCACCGACGCUGACGGAGCCGCACCUGCUGCAGAUGGCGCUGCCGGGGCGCUGGGAGCGGUCAGUCGCCGACGUGGAGGUCAGCGAGCUGCGGCCGACGCCCAGCCCGAUCGAAGCACCCCUGGCGGCGACGCCCUCGGCUGGGGCAGCGGUGCCGGAAGUGCCGCGGUUCGAUAUGAGCCUACUGGAUGGCGCGCCCGUGAACGAUAGCGAGAUGCCGCGUACAGUUUCGGUUCAGAUCGAGGCCGAUGAAGAAGUGCCCCUGAGGGGUGGCCGACAGCGGGAGGAAGCCCUGCUGAAGGACUCCAAGACACUACAGGAGCCACUACUGCAAGAAUCAGAGCGACUGAAGACGCCCUUGAAGCACGCCGAGCUGAUCGACGAAGUGUCCAUUUGGGACGGGCACCCAGGAGAAGAUGCGGUCCCGAAAGACGCGGAACUGCCGGAGGAAUCGUCCCUUAGGGACGCGGAGCUGCUGGAGGAACCGUCCCUGAGGGACGCAAAUCUGUUGGAGGAGUCGUCACUAAAAGACGCGGAGCUGUUGGAGGAGUCGUCACUGAAGAACGCGGAGCUGUUGGAAGAGUCGUCACUGAAAGACGCGGAGAUGUUGGAGGAGUCGCUCUUGAGAGAUGUGGAGCUGCUGGAGUCGCUGGUGCGAGAGAACGGCACGCUGCGGCGCGCGCUACUCUACGAGAAGUCGCGCGGCCAGCGCCUCCUGGCGGCCGAGGUCGACGGAAGGGGGCGCUGGGAGCGGGCGGCGGCGGCGCUGGCGGCGGCCGACCAGCGGCAGGCGCGCCUGCUCGACUGCGUUCAGCGGCAGCAGGAGGCUAUCUCCCGACUGCAGCGUGCGAUCCAGACGGGCGACCCGGUCCCUCCUGCGGCGGUUGUCGACCUGCCGGCGCCGCUGGCCGGGUGCAGCGAGGCGUUACGAGCUCACGCCGGCGCGCUGGCGACCCGGCCUGACCCCGCCGACCCGGAGCCCCAGGUGGCGGCCGAGCGACAGGAGGAAAUGGAGGCAGCACUGGCCAACCGGAAGCUGGAGCUGGACGAGGCGAACCAGGUGCUCGCGAUGCGCGACCGUGAGCUGAACAGGCUGAGAGCGUCACUGGAGAGCUCGUCGGACGAGUGUGAGCGGCUGCGGCGCACCAGCCGUGACCUGGAGAACCGGCUGCGCCGUUCUGAGGACGCGCUGCGCCGGCUCCGGCAGGAGAAGCGCCGCUGCGAGUGGCUCUGCGGGCGGCUCCAGGCCGACGUGUCUCGCUCCGAGCUGGUGAUGGACCUGGAGCGGGUGCUGUGGCAGGUGGAGUCGCGGCACCAGCUGAUGGAGCACGAGCGGCGGUUGUACCAGCACUUCCUCCCGGGCCUGCCGGGCACCGCCGACACGCCGGCGACAGGUGAGCGGGGAUCCGCGCCCACCCGAAUACCGCUGACAGGGCACAGCGCCCAGAAUCCCUGCCUGGAACUGGACCUGACCUGA